AUGGCCAUCGAUAUCGUCGUCGCCAUCAUCCUCAACAAGUUGAUCGGGAAUAGUUAUUCUUACCGUUCUUUCGUAAAAGGAGUGGUCGUUGAUGGCAGCAGUAUUGGUAUUGGCAGCGACGCUGGUGAUGGUGCUGGUUUAGGCGAUGAUGGCAAUCUGUGGUUUUCGUGA